AUGGAUACCAAAGCCAAGCAAUCUCACAUUUUUUUAUUCCCUUAUAUGGCACCUGGCCACAUGAUACCAACCAUAGCCAUGGCCAAACUAUUUGCUUCAAGGGGCAUCAAAACAACCUUAAUUUCUACUCCUCAAAACAUUGCCUUCUUCUUCAAAACAAUUGAAAGAAGCAAGGAUUCAGGUUUCGAGAUCGGAGUUCUUCUUCUCAAAUUCCCUUCUGUAGAGGUUGGAUUGCCAGAAGGCUGUGAGUGUGGUCACAUGGUUGAAACACUAGAAGAGCUCCAAAAGUUCUUGAAGGCCACCUCCUUACUUGAUCAACAACUUGAAAAGCUCCUUGAAGAACACCAACCCAACUGCCUUGUGGCUGAUAAUUGUUUUCCAUGGACAACUGAUCUUGCUGCCAAAUUUGGAAUUCCAAGGCUUGUUUUUCAUGGAAUAAAUUUCAUCUCUUUAUGUAUUUCAUGGCAUUUGAUCAACAUGGACUUUUCAGCAUUAUUGAAGUCUGAUUCUGAGCCUCUUGUAAUUCCUGAUUUACCAGAUGAGAUCAAGCUUGCAGGAACCCAGAUACCAAAUUUCCUCAAACAAGAAACCGAGUUGAGAAAAUUUUUAGAAUCGACUGCAGAAACAGAGAGGAGGAGUUAUGGGGUGAUUGUUAACAGCUUCUAUGAGCUUGAGCCAGCCUAUGCUGACCAUUAUAGGAAGUUCUUGGGAAUCAAGGCUUGGCAUAUUGGUCCCACAUUUUUAUACAAUAAAGACACUUAUGUCUCCCUAGAUGAACAUGAAUGUUUGAAGUGGCUAAAUUCCAAGACACCCAAUUCAGUAGUUUAUGUGAGCUUUGGAAGUGUGAUCAAAUUUGAUGAUGCUCAACUCCUUGAAAUUGCAUUGGGUCUUGAGGCUUCUGGGCAGCAGUUCAUUUGGGUUGUCAAGAAAGAAAAGAGUGAUGAAGAAAAUAAGGAGGACUGGUUGCCUGAAGGGUUUGAGAAGAGAGUGGAAGGCAGAGGACUUGUUAUAAGAGGGUGGGCUCCACAGGUGCCAAUUCUUGAACACCAAGCAGUUGGAGGCUUUGCGACUCAUUGUGGAUGGAACUCAGUGAUUGAAGCAGUGUCUGCUGGGGUGCCAAUGGCCACUUGGCCAGCUUUUUCUGAUCAGUUUUAUAAUGAAAAGUUGGUGACUCAAAUACUUGGGAUUGGGAUUGGGGUAGGUGUUCAAAAAUGGGAAAGAUUUGGAGGGGAAAAAGUGGGGAAGAGAAACAUAGAGAAGGUAGUGACACAGAUUAUGGUGGGGGAGAAAGCAAAGGAAAUGACAAGCAGAGCCAAAAGGCUUGAGGAAAUGGGUUUUGAGGAAGGUGGAUCAUCUUACAAGGAUUUGAAUGACUUGAUUCAAGAACUGGGACUCUAUAGCACUGCUCCUAACUAA